GAGGCCAGCGAGACUGGUCGCGUGAAACCAUCGCGCGCUUGGUUAAUUCAAUAUCUCUGAAAACUCGAAGUUAAAGAGUAACGGCAUUCAUCUUGAUACAGCUGAAACAAAACGAGGAAACGUCAAUAUUUAUAUUUUCCAACUCCUGGAAGCAGAUUGACUGAGUUUGUUACAGUUAAACAUAGUGGUAGUGUGCUUUGAGCCACCUGUGCCACGUGGAGGAAGGUGCUGGUUGUCAGGUGUUCGGUCAAAAUGCGUCUGAUGAGGCGACGUAUCUCCCCUCUAAAGCUUGCUGUGUUGGGCGGCACGCUUUUCCUGGUGGUUCUCGUGGUUCUCCAGAGGGACGUUGGCAACGCUUCGCUUCAGGACCCCUGGCUGCGAGAUCUCUCCGACAAAAAGGAGAAAGUCUUCGAGAUGGUCCGUGGGGCGGUCAAUAACUUCGCAUUCCAGAUCGGAGCGCCGCAACCCCCGCCGGUGGAAAUGCAGCACACCCCUGACAAAAACUGUCCACCGGGCUUCUACACUCAGGCAGACCUCAGACCCUGGAUAGAGAGACCACCCCAGGAGUCUACGGCGCCCGGUGCUGAUGGCGCUGCCUUUCAGAAGGACAGUAUGACUCCGGAGGAGGAGAAGGAGAAGCAGGAGGGGAUGACCAGGCACUGCUUUAACCAAUUUGCUAGUGACCGGAUCUCCUUGCACCGCAGUCUCGGUGAUGACACCCGUCCCCCCGAGUGCAUAGAGCAAAAGUUUCGCCGGUGUCCUUCUCUCCCCACCACCAGCGUGAUCAUUGUGUUUCACAAUGAGGCGUGGUCGACACUUCUGCGAACCGUGUACAGCGUGCUGCACACCACGCCGGCAGCCUUCCUCAAAGAAAUCAUUCUGGUGGAUGAUGCCAGCAUAGCAGACCACCUACACGGUAAACUGGACGAGUAUGUGAAGGCACUGAAGAUCGUGAAGGUUGUGCGUCAGCCGGAGAGGAAAGGUCUCAUCACAGCAAGGCUCCUUGGGGCGAGCAAAGCUCAGGGAGAAACCCUCACCUUCCUGGAUGCGCAUUGUGAAUGCUUCCAUGGUUGGCUUGAACCGCUUCUGGCUCGUAUCGUGGAGGAACCGACUGCGGUGGUGAGCCCCGAGAUCACAACCAUUGAUUUAAACACCUUCCAGUUUCACAAACCCCUGUCGAACGCCCGUGCCCACAACAGAGGAAACUUUGACUGGAGUCUCACUUUUGGGUGGGAGGCAAUUCCAGACUACGAGAAUGCUAAACGCAAGGAUGAGACCUAUCCAGUAAAAACACCAACUUUUGCUGGUGGCUUGUUUGCAAUAUCUAAGGCUUACUUUGAGAAAAUCGGGACUUACGAUGACAAAAUGGAGAUCUGGGGUGGUGAAAAUGUUGAGAUGUCCUUUAGGGUGUGGCAGUGUGGUGGGCAGUUGGAGAUAAUCCCCUGCUCUGUUGUGGGUCACGUCUUCCGUACCAAGAGUCCUCACACCUUCCCCAAGGGUACAGAGGUCAUAACUCGGAAUCAGGUGCGUCUGGCUGAGGUGUGGAUGGACGAGUACAAGCUGAUUUACUAUCGACGCAGCCAACACGCUGCUAAAAUGGCCGAAGACAAAGCCUACGGUGAUAUAUCUGACCGUCUGAAACUCCGAGAAACCUUACAAUGCAAGAACUUUUCUUGGUACCUCACCAAUGUCUAUCCAGAGGCGUUUGUCCCUGAUCUUACCCCUGUCAAGUUUGGAGCACUGAAGAACUCUGGAUCACAGCAAUGUCUGGAUGUCGGAGAAAGUAACCAUGGUGGAAAGCCCGUGAUUAUGUACACAUGUCACAACAUGGGUGGUAAUCAGUACUUUGAAUAUACAUCACACAAUGAGUUGAGACACAACAUAGGAAAGCAGCUCUGCUUGCAUGCAUCUCAUUACCCAGAGCAAGUGAAGAUUGAACUCUGUACAUUAAAGGGAAAAGGCAGUAGUCUGGUUCCUGAACAAGAGUGGGAGUUUACAGAAGAUAAACUAUUAAAGAAUCCCGCAUCUGGAACGUGCCUCCACUUUAAGGGCAAUCAGCUAGUAAUGAGCCCUUGCAAUUCAAUAAUCCUUCACCAGCACUGGGCUUUCAGUUGACCUCACACUCCAAACAAGGAGCAAGGACGUUCACUCCCAUAAGACCCACGCGGGAGGGCCAGCAGCCACGGCUCAGGCUGAAAUAAGUCUGAAUAUUGCAAGCCUGAGUGCAUUCACUGGAAGUGUAUUGGAUAGAUCAUAUCCAUAAGCUACCAAAAGACAUUGUGAUGGUACUGGGGUCAGGAUGCAAGUGCAGGUCAUGCAUAUUAAACUCACUGGAGCGCUGAAGAGUGAACAAUCUGACAGAAAGAAGUUUACUGAAGAUAUGUUUUAUUGACUGUUUUUGUUUACUGCCGCUUUUUUAAAUGGUGUAGGUUUUAUUUAUUUUAUAAAGAAGUAAUUCAAUAUUUUUGCAACAUUGUUAGUGUUGAGGCCAGUUUGAAGGGCCAUUUCUGCCAAUGAUGUGGUGGUUUUGUAUGAAGGAAAAUAAUUUGCACAUGCAGCAGGGGAGUGAGGGUUGUGUUUCAGAUGUUGUGAAUUGCAAAAGAGCAGGACUAGUUUUUUGGUCCUUUUUAGUUUCUUUGAGCUUGAACCAUCAGUAUGUUUAAUAUAACACCUGGUGACUUCCAUCAUGUCUUUAAUGUGCUGUGGGAGAGGGCUUAAAUUCUUAGAAACAGUAAUAAUAAUUCUUGUCAUUUUGUACCGUUUGUGGAAACUGGCUACCACGUCGUCUACACUUUAUAAGGUAUAGGGGAAUGGCUAUCAUUUAUUUUUUACCGGUAGGCUGCAGACGACCUUAUGCUUUUGUUUACAAAGAUUGUAAAAUAAACAGAGUAUAGAAGACGGUUCCUGGAAUUAGUGUGGGCGAAUGUGACGAAGCGUGAGAAGCAGUGUUGUUGAACCAGCAUGUUUUAAACAAAUUUGUGUGAGCAAAUACCAGCUCAGGUGUCCAAAUAUUGCUUUUGCAGGGUAAUAUAAAGUUGCAAAAGCUACAGUAAGACCCUCGUGCCAUACAAGCCAAUGGAAGCUACCAAAAUCUGAUUGUCAGUCAGUAGCCUAUUAAUUAUAUGGACGGUUUCAUCGGACGCACCUGUAUUUGUUUAUUAAUAUAACAAUUCAUUUUAUAUUUAUUGUAUUAAAUGUAAUUAAAACUACUCGACAGUUAAUCCUUUAUGGAGGUCCACUGGAAGUUUAAUUGAGCCCCAUAACUUUCGUUGCCGCUAAAACCGUCUAUAAAAUAUAUAUUAAUAUAGUCAGUCAUAAAAACUGCAUGCAUAAUAUUUAUACUAGAAUGAUAGAAAUUAUGUUUAGGCAGGAUCUUUAGUCUUGCUUACUGUAUGAAACGAGUGUUUAUUUAUGGUGUGAGACAGCAGGUGCAGAGUCAGUAUCCAGUGCUAACAGUGUGAUUCGAGAGGAAGUUGUUUAGUUUUACUGUAAAUUCUUAAUAACCAUCAACUUCCUCUUUUUAACGCAGUCUCUAUAUUCUCAUACAGAAUGAGAUUGCUGGUUCAUAUCACAUUUCCAGAAAUAAAAGCGCAUGAGUGAUUCUAUUAUAAUUUAUCAUCGUACUUGAUGUAACUCGACAUGCUUCAGUUGAACUUACUGGAAUUGUUACAUUAUACAAGUGUGGUUGGUUAUUUGUUGCGUCAUUUUAAAGCAACAACGAGCCGUUUUUUUCGACCUUAAAAUAAUCUCUCUAAAAUUAUUUUAGUGGUAGGACAACUCUUAACUGGACGAAUUUUACUGCCGCUGCGAGAAGGGGGAGUCUGCAGACCUGGAGCAGGCAGUUUUGCGCCCCAAGCAGUUUUGCGCCCCAGGCAGUUUUACGCCCCAAGCAGUUUUGCGCCCCAGGCAGUUUUACGUCCCAAGCAGUUUUACACCCUGUUUUUACUUAUUUGUCCAGUAGGGGGCACUGUACAUUAAGAACCACCAGAACAGACCUAAGAACAGAUAACUUCAUCGUCCAUCACGAGUUAUGGUAAAUAAACGUUUUCAGGCAAUCGUCCAACAUGUAUAGUUUUAAAUGAUUCAUUGAUAUGAUCGAUAUGAAUUCAUUUCAACAUCUAAAAAGAUAUGUACGGUAUGUGUAAUUUAUACUCAAAGACAAUAAAAUGUAUACUUAUUGACCA